UGAAGUGGGACAGUUUUUGAAUGCAAUGUAUAUCAUGAGGAAUUCAUUUGUGUAACUGAAAUUAUUUUCAAUGUUGGGAUAACGAUUGUACUAACCAUUCCUGUUGGAAUUUAGACAGUAUUUUGUGUUUAUACAAGAAAAAAAAUGAGCGAGCAACGAAAGAAUUUGGAGAUCCUGGAACGCAUCAGCGGUGUCGAUGUGGGCCGACUGUGGCUCCUUCACGACGAAUCUUUCAGGGAGUUCUUCGAUUGGUUUGGACAAUCUGUUGAUGACGAUAAUUUGAUUCCAGACAGUGUACUCAGAGAAUAUGCCGAUUUGGAAAGUAAUGGUUUGGUUUUGUCAGACGAGACGCUGCAGGCCGAGCUAGAAAUUAUCAAUAAACGAUACCCAGGCAUCCUCGAGUACAAGGAUGCGGACAUCGAGGAUUAUGAGGGGCAAUUGCAACAGCUGGUGGCCAUUGAAGAGCAGUACGGAAAGUUGAUUUCAGACGCCAAGAAAACAGAAAUUGCUCUUACCAGAGAAAUCUCCGACGUGGAAACCAAAAUCAUGAACGCAGAAAUAAACCAUGAUCGAGCCGUCGCGGAUUGUAAGGAAAAGGCUAAUUUUUUGCAACAGAUUCAAACCCACACUCAGCAGCAAAUUUUCGACAUGCAUCAAUGUUACGUUCAAACUCAAAAUCCACCCCUUUUCAUCCACCAGAUGCCAAUUGAACAAUUCAAUAUGAAGUGCGACCAGUUUUUAAAAUAUCUUGAAAUGUACAUUCGCAAGCAUUUUCCCGUUCGCGAUCUCAACGACUCUGACCAAGAACCGGAUCAGGACCAUCGGGAUGUGAUUAUCAAACUGGAGAGUAUCAAAGCCCGACUAGACUUAUCCGAAAUGCAGCUCAUAGGAACCAGAAAAGAGUAUCACGGACUGCAGAAGAUGUUGGAGCGCUUCCAGGAUCCCAGCUGGCAACCGAUGAAAAUCGCAGCGAUGAAAAAAGUGUGCGCAGAAUUGAAGGCAUCCAACGAACAGGAUCGACUGCUGAUCGAUGUGUUGAACCAAGAGCUGGAAAUGUAUAUUCGUCAGCUCAACGAGCAACGGAUCGAAUUUAUUCUGUACAAAAACAGCCAAAUUAAGCUGGAUCGGGCCGUCCAUCGGCUUGAGUUUAUCCGCAAGCUGGCCGCCAUAAUCUCCAGUACUCUGAUGAACGCCGAAAUGCUAUGGAUUCUUAUGCAGUUGGAUUUGGAAAAGAUCAAUAACAAGUUUGAUAACUGUGACGAGAUGAAUUCGGAAACGCAGCGUUGCAUGAGGCGAAUUGAGCAGAUGAAAUUCGUUGCACGGAACAAUGCGGGGGAGCAAGCGUAUGAGGAGUUUGUGGCGCAGUUUUGUGAGCUAGUAGGUGCGCUGAAUUUGAACCAUUCCUCCGGCAGUCGGUCCAUGAGCUUGAAAAGUUGUAUUCUUGAUUUCGCUGACAACAAGAAACGGAUAUUCAAAAACUUGCAGUCAGUGGUUAGCGGCAAAUUUUACAAAAAAUCGGAUGAGUUAUUAGAUGAAUUGAAUAAAAACGAGAAACUGCUCCAAAAGUAUGUGUACGAUGGACCUGUAAAUCGUCCACAGUUUUUCGAUCAGCAAAAUUUGGAAAGGAUUCAACGCUUGUCUUUUGAGAUAGAUCAAAUCGAGAAGGAAUUGAAAGCGCUCAAGACCGAUUAUCAGCAUAACAUCAAUGAACCGAAGAAUAAUGACAAAUUCUGGCGCUACAAGCAGAACCUCUGGGUGUGGUUCCUGACGGAGCCCAAGAAAGUCGCCAUCGCGAUCAAGGAAGUGAGCUCCGCUGCAUCCCAAAUGGCCGCAUCCAAAAGCAUUUCAGGUAUCAAGCGCAAAUCCGUUGAAGAUGAGAUGAAAUUCUCGUAGGCUCGUGCUCGUAUCUCCUGUUGUGUUAUCAUAAUGAAAAUCCUACGGAUGAAUUAGUUUAA